CGGCGGGCCUCGCCGAAGACGUCGGCCAGUCCGGUGUCGGAACGCUCUUGCUGUGUAUCACCGCCGCCCGACGAUUCGUUUUCGUCCGCUUCUCGCGCACAAAUACGCCGCCUUUAACGCCACCAUGUCGUACGAAACGCCUCAGCGACACCAACGGCCGUGACCGACCGCUCGCGACAAUGACCGCUGCGAUGUCACCGCUCGUGCUGGUACUGGCGUUGCUGCUGACCGCCACCGAUCGGGUUCAGCCCACGCUCGACGGUGGAUCCGCGGCCGUCCGACCCGAAGCGGACGCCACGGCCACGGGCGUCUGGUCAAAAUUCGGGCUGGUCGUCCAGAAGCACGCGGCCGGCCAGUCGACGCCCCACACCACCGAGACAUCGGGCAUAAUCAUGAGGGCCCCGGACCCCCCCACCCCCGGUGUCAGCCCACCCUUGGCGUCAACAGCCAUCGUGCCCACGGCCCUGGGCAAGUCGUGGACCCAGAUAUCCGUCACACACCCUCCUCCACGGCUUCCGUCGUCACAUCCGCCAAUCAAGUCCGUGACUACGACCACUGCCAAGUCCGUGGUGGCCACCAGCACGCAAGAUGCCCGCCGGGAGAUACCCUUUAGGUAUCAGCAGAUGAUGAGCACCACCAGGCCGGUCAUCACCAUUACCUUCCCGCCUCCCCGCCUGUCUACAGCCCGACCGACUGUUGGUACGGAGGAGGUGACCUCCAAACGGGUCAGGCAGUACGAGGACGACGAUGAUGACGACGACGAUGACGAUGACGACGACGAAGACGAAUACGAUGUGGACGAUGACGACGAUCACGAGGACAAGGGUGAGGAGGAAGAAAUCGAAGAGAUCGUCGAGGUCCAACACAUCGAAUCUUCCGACAGUUACGGCGACGAGAAGCCGGCGAUCGUCAAAAAGAAACGCAGGCGGAAAAAGAAGGGCAAAAAGCACAAGCCGUUCAAGGUGAAGGACUUCAAGAAACUGAAGAAGUUCAUGUUGCCGCUGCUGUUGGCUUACAAGCUCAAGUUCUUUACGCUCGUGCCACUGAUGUUGGGUGGACUGGUGCUGAUCGUUGCCACCACUGGUUUUGCUGGGUUCUUUUUCGCACUGUUCGCGGUCGGCCUGGGUCUUAAGGGACACCACUGAUGGUUCUCCCAGCAAAUGGUUUGCCGUGUACAACUACGCGUCGGAUGGAUGACGUGCAGGGCGCAGGGUGAUGACAUUCAUGGCUCUCGUCAGCGGACACACAAAAGACGAAAAGAAAGGACAACACAAACAAAUAUAAAACGACAAGAAACCAGUCGGGAGACACCAUUAUAAUAACAUAUAAAAUAUCAUAAUAUUAUUGUCGUUAUCAACCGGCUAAUAUAAAAUGUAAUAUCCUUGUAUUGCUCAAGUCCGAUUGAACCUGUAUUCACUGUGCGGUAUACCGGUUUAAAUUCGUUUUUCCUCCCCUAUAUUACAUCGCAUUGUAAUUCAAUUUUCACAUCCAAACGACACGUCGAACGACGUGCAUAUUAUUUUUGACGCGAUAUUAUUGUUAUAAAUUAUUUAUUUUAUUAUUUAUUUAUUUAUUUAUUUAUUAUCAUCAAUGUGUAAAUAUAGGUAUAACAUUAUUCUUUUAUAGAAUAUUUAACUGUGUAACGACGCAUAUUGUACAAACUAUCUAACAUUAUUAUCAGAACAUAGUAUUAUUAUUAUUAUUAAUUUAUUAACGACGGUAUCAAGUUAAAUUUUUUUUAUUAUUGUCCAAAAUUAUUUAUCUUUUAUGUAUUAGAAUUGGGUGAAACGAAAAAAUUAUGACACAUUUCGAAUUAACUCGUCUUCGGUAUUUGACGCACGUCAAAAUAAUACCGCGGAUUGAAUGCAAUUGCCAUGAUAUCGUAUUAAUUAUUAUAUUUUGUGCCCGUUUCGGGUAACUAAUGAUAUAUAGAUAACAUAUUUUAUAUGUAUAGUAAUUAAAUAAUGUUAAUAAUAUUGUAUCAAUCAUGUUUAUCAUCUGAUUUUAGUGUCCGCUGCGUUAUUUGACGUGAAUUAAUACGAACAUUGUCAUAAUUUUAUCAAUUAUAAUGUUAUGUUAUAAUAUAAUAUAAAUAUGUAUUAAUGUAUUAAUGUAUUUUUAAAGAAAUAUAUAUAACGUGUUAUAAAUACUAA